AUGGAGGGUAGCGAAGCGCAACCGCCAGCGCAGCCCCAGCCGCCGCCGCCGUCGUCGUCGUCGUCGGCACCGACAGCGGCUGCUUCUGCUGCCACUGCUGGCCCCGAAACAAAUGUCGUCACCGAGGUGCUCGUUGAUUCGUCGGACCAAGACUCCAGCUUCGGUGAGGAAGACCGCUCGACCAUCUCGACGUCAAUCAGCUCUUCGGUGACGACGUACCGAACCGAGAACGGGCGUCGAUAUCACGCCUUCGCGGAGAACCAGUACUGGCUGCCCAACGACGAGGCCGAGCUCGGAAGGCUGAAUAUCCAGCACCACUGCUGGCGAGUGUCGCUGGGCGGCAGGCUGUUUCUGGCGCCCGUCCCGCCGGGCAUCCACAACGCAAUCGACAUCGGCACGGGCACGGGCGAGUGGGCCAUGGAGUUCGCCGAGCAGUUCCCCUCCGCCAACGUGAUCGGAACGGACCUGUCGCCCGUGCAGGACCCCAAGACGCCGCCCAACUGCAGCUGGCUGGUUGACAACGCGGAGCAGGACUGGGUCUACGACGUCAAGUUCGACUACAUCCACUCGCGCAUGCUGCUGCUCGGCAUCCACGACUGGGACUUGUACUUCCGGCAGGCGUACGAGAACCUCAAGCCGGGCGGCUGGACUGAGAUCCAGGAGCCGCUUUUCCCUCCGUCGCACGUCGACGACGGCGGCGUCACGAUGGAAUCGCCCUUCAAGCGAUGGGGCACCCAUAUCGUGGAAGCCGCAGCCGUGGAUCACAUUGACAUGACCAUCGCGCCGCGUCUGGCGGAGCACAUGCGGCGGGCCGGCUUCGUCAACGUCGUGCAGCAGGAAGUCAAGUGGCCGAUAGGCACGUGGGCCAAGGGCGAGCGGGAGAAAGCGCUGGGUUAUUGGACGUACGAGAACACGAAACUAUUCUUCGACGGCACCAAGUUGCUGUUCACGAAGCGAUUGGGCUGGGACCUCGAGCGUGUGUUGGCGCUCAACAAGGAGGCCGAGGACGACAUCAGCGACAGGAAGAGCCAUUACUACUGGAGAUUCUUCGUGUGUUACGGGCAGAAGCCGGAGGAUGCGGCGUAG